GUGAGGAGCAAAAAGUCUUUGGCUGUAGUUAUGUUGACUAAAAUAGAUUAUUGAAAUAGAUUGGACUCUGAUUUGUUCCAAAUAACAUCAACAUUUUGAUGAUGAAUUCGAAGCAUGUAAAUACGAACUACACGUUAAAAAAAUAAACGAGAAAUAUCAGGGUUCAAGAUGGCGUGUAGAGUUCAUCCGUGAAUGUCCUGUCCGAUCGAAAGGGGGAAAGUUUUCAUCACAAUAAUUCUCACGUCUACCGUACAGGUUUCCAGGGCCCGUUGUCUCUCUCAGGUGGCCGCACACAUGCAUACAGCCUCAUGGUAAUGGGGAAAUGGAGUGGUUUCCUGUAGUAAUUCACAAGUGAGAGACUACCAAAGGAAGACAAAGAAACGACACAAAAAAAAUCCCCACUGUUUGGAACCAUUUGCCGCCCUUGUAAUUCUUCCGACUUUCCUGGGUCAAAGGUCAAGAGCUUCCAGUACCACCAUGUCCCAACCCAGAGAUUCUGCGAUGCUGUCAGUCGCUCCGUACUGUGAUGAUGACAGGCCGCGGGCCCGGUCUAUGCCCGAGGCGAGAACGCUCCCUAUUAUUAAGGAGUCUACUAUCGGAGGAAGCCACGAAUCUGUGAACAUUGAGGCCCAUUUCAACAGCAUGCAUCUGAAAGAAGAUGUGGCCAGUGGUCAGGUACCCGCUGGGCCCGGUGAGCUGCCCAGCCGGCUGAACCCAGAGGCUGCCCGGCAGCUGCAGAACGAGCUGAUUGAGCUGCAGCAACAGCAGCAGUGGCAGCAGCAGCUGCUGAUCAGUCAGUUCAAGCAGCGACAGGAACAGCUAGCCAAGCAGCAUCAACAGCAGCAGCAUGAACUCAUACGGUUUCCCCUUGUCCAAUUUGCAUCACAGCAACAAAUCCAGCACGACCGCAUGAUCCUGGCGCAGCAGCAACAGCAGCAGCAGCAGCAGCUGGAGGCCCAGAAGGCCCAGCAGAAGCAGCAGCAGCUGAAACAACUGCUGGCCAAGAAAGACAAACCAAGCGCCAACCCGUCCGAAGAAGUCAAGGAGAAGCUGCAGAAGUUCCUGCUGGACCGCAAGCAGCGUAGCGAGAUGGCCGCCAGCGGGGGUCACAACCACUCCCCACCCCAGGCCUACCGCCAGUGGUCCAUGGCCAACCGUAGCCCCCACGGCUCCAUGGAUCACCACUCCCCUCCCCAUAACAUCUCCGCCCACUACCAGCCCAUGUUUGGACAGUACGACAGUAACUUCCCACUGCGAAAGACAGCCUCGGACUCCAACCUGAAGGUUCGUUCCCGCCUGAAGGAGAAGGUAACCGAGAGGCGGAGCCACGGCAGCCCCCUCCCACGUCGACGGGACGGGUCCGGAAGCCUCAAGAGGAAGCCAUUAACAGUUGACACCUCUCCAUCAAGUAGUACUCCUGGCUCGGGGCCCAGCUCACCCCUCAGUGGCGGCGACGGAGCCAAUGGUCUUGCAGCAGCUGCCAUGCCAGAGGACGUAAGCAGCUACCUGCUGCUGAAGCGCAUGUACAGCAACAGCACCAGCGACGUCAACCUCUACACCUCGCCGUCCCUGCCCAACAUCUCCCUGGGCCUGCCGCCGCCCGCCGGCUCAUCCCAGCACUCGCCGCAGAUGCAAACCGCAGGCAAGCCACCGAUGAACGACGGGAUGCGUAUCAAGAACCCGCUGCCAGGCGGACCGGUCAUCGCCCCUGCCUUCAUACCCACCGCACAGCCAGGUACCAUUCUGCCCACCGGCGUGCCGCCAGCAGCCAUGCUGGGUGGUAUGCCCCUUCAUGAGGCCAACUCCAUGAGUUUGUUAGGAGGUGGUGCCGUCGCCCAGAGAUUAAUAAGACCUAUCCACAGGCCCCUAGCCCGGACCCAGUCGGCCCCCUUACCCACCAGCCAGCAACGCGCCCAGCUGCACCCGCAGCAGCAGCAGCAGAUUAUGAUGCAGCAGCAACACCAACACCAGCAGCAUCAGCAGUUCCUGCAGCAGCAGCAGCAGCAACUCAUGGCGCUGCAGCAAAGACAGCAGCAGGAGGAUGCGGCUGCCGAGAAGGAGGCAGAGGAGGCGGAGCACAAGCAGGUGCAGAGCCUGCCGCUCAAGAACAUCACGGAGAUCAAGCAGGAACCUAUAGACAUAGAGGAAGAAGAUGAGGAGGAAGAGGAACGCUUACAACUACAACAGGAGCAAGAAGAAUUAAUGCGACAACAAUCACUCGGAUGCCUGCGUCUGACAGGAACAGAAAUGUUGCCCGGUAGCCGGCCCACCGGUGGUAGCCGGCCCGCCGGUAGCGGGCACCGGCCCCUGUCCCGAGCCCAGAGCUCCCCGGCCGCAGCCAAUCAUCCGGCCGCGCUGGGACCCACGGACCACCAUCUCCAUCUCCACCAUCACCACCAACACAACCUUCCCCUACAUCACCACCACAUCAAACAUUUGUUCACCACAGGCCUUGCCUACGAUACACUGAUGUUGAAGCAUCAGUGUACGUGCGGCAACAACGCCGCACAUCCCGAACACCCUGGGAGGUUGCAGAGCAUCUGGGCACGUCUACAGGAGACGGGCAUCGCCAAUAGAUGCGAGCGCAUUCGAACCAGAAAAGCUACUUUAGAUGAACUCCAGUCUUGCCAUAGUGAGGGUUACGUCCUAUUUUACGGCACCAGCCAACCCAACAGAUCCAAGAUAGACAGCAAGAAACUAGCCUGUAUUCCUAAGCUGAACUUUACCUGGCUGCCCUGCGGAGGCUUGGGUGUCGACAACGACACUGUCUGGAACGACAUGCACUCACCGAGUGCUGCCAGAAUUGCUGCUGGCUCCGUCAUUGAGCUAGCAUUCAAGGUCGCCGCCGGUGAGCUCAAGAACGGUUUUGCCGUGGUGCGUCCGCCGGGCCACCACGCCGAGACCUCCCAGGCCAUGGGAUUUUGCUUCUUCAACUCCGUGGCCGUGGCCGCCAAGCAGCUGCGCCUCAAGCUCAAGCUCAACAAGAUCUUGAUUGUGGAUUGGGAUGUUCACCAUGGCAACUCGACCCAGAAGAUUUUCUACGAGGAUCCCCACGUUCUCUACAUCUCCUUGCAUCGUCACGACGAGGGCAACUUCUUCCCGGGGACUGGCGCUCCGGACGAGUGCGGAUGUGGUGCUGGCCUGGGCUACAACGUCAACAUUGCCUUCCACGGCAACUUGGACCCGCCGAUGGGCGACACAGAAUACUUGGCCGCAUUCAGGUCUGUGGUGCUACCUAUUGCCCGCGAGUUCUCCCCUGAUGUGGUCCUGGUCUCGGCAGGGUUUGACGCCGCUGAGGGACACGCUAACCCCCUAGGGGGCUACCUGGUCACCCCUGCCUGUUUUGGCUACAUGACGCGUCAGCUGAUGACCCUAGCCGGCGGCCGGGUGGUCCUAGCCCUAGAAGGCGGCUACGACCUGCCGGCCAUCUGCGACUCAUCGGAGGUCUGCUCACAGGUCCUGCUCGGGGAGGAGGGACCGCAGCUGAGCGAACGAGCCAUGAAAUCACUGCCCAACGACAAGGCGGUGGAGUGUCUGCAGCGCGUCAUACAAACACAAUCUGAGUACUGGACCAGCGUGCGAGCCAUGGGUCCCUUAGUCACCUGCUCAGCCCAGGAAUCCAACCAGCUACUCCAACGAGAGAAAGACGAAGCUGAGACUGUCACUGCCAUGGCGUUACUCUCAGUCCGACAGAAAGCAAGAUCAGAGCCAAUGGAGGAAGACUACAAAGAUGAGUCGUAGUCAAUCACUGUCAGAAGGUGAAACACCGCCCUCUAGUGUUGGGCAGUAGCCAGUCGGCUUAUCGUUGCUGAUGUAAAGAGUUUCAGAGACCGUUCUGAAACAGUUUGAGUACCUCAAGGAAGCUGCAGUCACGCCUCAGUGGAUGGUUGUCAAAUGCCGUUUCAUGCGUGGUUCAGUCCUGAUGAAAUCUGUACACGAAACAGCUUUGAAGAGUUUUCAUCAUCAGAUGCCUGUUUGUGCAGAUGAUAAACUUUUCAGGUUAAAAUCGUCAUGACAAACCAAUCCUACCUGGGGUAGAGAGAAACUCGUGUUAUUUAUGUUGUGGGGACCAAUAUUUUUGCAGUGUACCACGGGAAACUACACUUGUUUUAAAAAAAGUAAACGUAUAUUUUGAAAUAUGUCUUGUCAUAAACACAAAGUGACCUCCGUGCUCGUUGAACGUAUCGUAAUGAGUUUUAUCAUUGUGUGAUGCUGUUGGUACGAUUGUACAAAAAAAACACCAAAAUUAUGAAUCGUGUUUACGCUUGUGCUGUAUCAAAUAAUGGUCGUUGAAUAAAAAAAAAAGUAUUACAAAUAUUUACAUAUAAACUUGUUUCUUCGGCUGUGUGUAUAGAUAUAUUCUGAUAUUUUUCGCUGUGUCCGCAUGUAAGUGCUGCAACAUAAUCGUGCCCAAUUUGUCAUUUUUUCUUUUCUUUUUUCCCUCAUCUUCAGAGGGAAAAAAUGUUAAAUGUGUUGUAUGAUAGGAAAGCAGUGAUUUGCUUCUCGUGUAUGUAAUGUAUAAAUGGAGAUGAUUCAAUGCUGAAUUCUAUUGCAGUCCAACUUGUUAUGGUGGCCGCCAGAAUUUGGAGGCCAGCGGCCAAUUGUGGCCUGCAUUUUGUAGUCCUAAAUAAAGACUCAAAUUUAGUGACCUUGCCUUUUUUGACAACUGGCCAUUAUCAUUAUCCACUUUGCAUUUUUGGCCACCUUCAGAAUUGCUGGCCAGCUUAAAAGUGUCGGCCAACUUAUGGCCACCAGGCCAAAUUUUGCCACAGUUACUGGCCACGUUGGCCGCUGGUUGCCAAAAGUGAAGCCAUUAAUAUUCUGUCGCUUCAGAGCCGUUCUGAACGUCAGUGCACUGUUGGUCGCCGCCUGGCCACUUUUAGACAAAAAUGCAUUAUUGGCCACUUUAAUAGCCAUUAUUUGCUUACAGGCCAAAGUGGCCUUCAACUGGCCACUGUGGGCCACCAGACCUAAGUUGGACUUUAAAAAUCCUACUGUACAGAUAUCUUAAAUCUAUUUUUUUCUCUUUCUCCAUCUAAAUGCUGUACAGUCCCCCGACGUACACUAUUCCGGGGUGAACUGUCUUCUUUAAAACUAUUUUUGUUUUCUUCGGAUAUUUUAACAAAAGAUUUAAAAAAAACAAAAAGACUGUAAAUAGUGUUGUACAUAUGUCUUAUGAAGGCCGUACUUUUUGAUGGAAAACUUUGUGCUGCUGACGAAAAAAAAAAGCUUAACUGAAAAGUACUAAAAUUAAAGUUUAGAAGAAAGAAAAACCACGGCAGCAGAUUCUAUCCAGAAAGUGUGGCCAGAUGCGGACACUCUCAAAAGAAUUAAAUAAUUAUUUGCAUCUAAUGACACUGAGCAAGCUGACUUUGAUUUGGUUUGGAGCUCGUGUUUCUGCAUGUGCAUAGUUUUUCAGCUUUCGUGUGGAUAUACGAAAAAAGCUACUACAUGUACCGAUGUUCAAGUUUACUUAAAACAGAAAAGGAAUACACCACCUCUAGAUUUUUUUAAAAAAUGCAACUGGCUAAGAAACAUUGAUUCAUUAUUUUUUGAAGUGAGAUAUUGGAUCUGGAAGAAGUGUGUUCAAGCACUUUUUAGUAAAGGAAUCAUUCACUCGAAAUAGAAAAAAGAUUUGAAUUGAAGAAUUGUUUCUAAUGUGUCAAACCCAUGUUGCUUUGGAAAUCUGAAAACGGUAAAUUUUGGGAGUAAAACUCAUCCAAAAAAAGGGAAAACAACUAAAGAGUCACACUUUUGCUCUUGAAUGAUUUGAACCAGACAACAAUGCAAGCGUUGAAUAUACCAUCCAGACAACUUUACUAACUUGGCAAAAGUCAGAAUAAAAAACUGAAAUUGAUGCGUGUUGUAGGACUCAAGCAUGCACAAACUACAUGACUGGGUUUUUUUUUAUUAAGUAUAAUAAAAUUCAACAGUAAAACUUUUGACUUUGUGGCUUGAAAAUGUGUGGUUAAUAAUUAUAAGUGUUUUCUGAACCUUUUCAAACCUGGAAAAAAAAGAAGAUUUUUAUCGUAAUUAUUUUUGGAGAAUUAUUUGAAAUGUUUGUGUUGCCGUCUUGAAAUACACCUUUUUAUUGUCCCUGUAUGUUGUAAAGUUUUAUCCCCUACGAAUGUUAUGUGUUUAAUACGUUAUGUUGUGAAUUAGUGCAUCAUGUAUGCAGGCAUUGAAGGAAAAAACAGGGUCAUGAAAUAGUUGCAGGGAAUUUUUUCCAAACUCUGACAAGCCUGUCAAGUUUUAAUCAUGAACGGAAAAAUAUCUUAAUAAUUUCCUCCUGUUUGAAAAGAUAUUUCCAUUAGUUUCGAAAAUGUUUCAUUGGCUUCCAUUCUAUACUUUUGUUAAAACCUAGAAAUGAAUGUCAGACUUUACCCUUUUCGUUGAGGGAAAACGUUUGAUUUUAACUUCAGUGGUUUUUACCCUAAAUUUAUUUUAAAAAACCCAGUUAGGUAAAAAAUGAAGUCACAGUUUCUGUCCAACAUCAAUACUCUGAUAAGCUGGUAUGUUGCAAAUUUUAAAAUUAAUUUGCC